AUGAUCUGUGUAGCCCCAGCCAGUGCCAAUGCUGUCAGUGCCCAUCAAUGCCACCUGCCAGUGCCUAUCAGUGCCACAUCAAAGCCACAUAUCAGUGUCUACCAGUGCACAUCAAUGCCACAUAUCAGUGCCCAUCUGAGCUGCCUUUCAGUGUCACCUAUCAGUGCCAGUCAGUGCCACCUAUCAAUGCCAUCAGUGCCGCCUAUCAGUGCCACCUAUCAGUGCGCAUCAGUGCCACCUAUCAGUGUUGCCUAACAGUGCCAAUCAGUGCUGCCUAUCAGUGUCAGUCAGUGCUGCCUAUCAGUGCCACCUAUCAGUGC